AGCUUCAAUUGUUUAUUUUAUAAGGGAUCUUGGAACCACAUUAUCGCAUCUCCAUGUCCUGUGGAUGGCUUGCUGUGGGCUCUCGGAUUUAGAUGGGAUCUCUUCCUGCAGCUCUCUAAAAGAACUCUAUAUAGCCUAUAACAAUAUCUCUGACCUGAGCCAGCUGACCUGGUUGGAUCACCUUGAGGUUUUGGACCUGGAAGGGAACAAUAUCGAGGACAUCAACCAGAUACAGUACCUGGGUCUUUGUUGUAAGCUGAGCCACCUGACAGUGGAGGGCAACCUUAUUUGUCUGAAGCCAAAUGCAGAAUCUGCAGAGGAGCCAGAUUAUAAUUACAGAGCUGAAGUAAAAAAACUCAUUCCCCACUUGGAGUAUUUGGAUGAAAUACCAGCAAGCCAGACUGCUCUCCUUCCUUCCAAGAAGAUGCAUGAGGAUUGGCUAAUCAUCAAGGAAUCCAUCAAGGAAGGUGUUUUAGCUGGAGACAUUUCAUGGUUAGGUAUGUCAGUAGCAAGGCAGUCUGGGUAUGGCCCAAGACCCCCAACAUCUUCCAGACCUGGAACUGCGCAAUGGUCUGCUAGUGCGGGGAGAUCUAGCAAUGCCCACCUGUUGUACAGUGGCUAUCCUCUUCCAGAUCCCACUGUUUCUGAUGAGCUGUUCCCAGAAGAUGACUCCAGUGAUUUGACACAUGGACUCAGUCAAGUUAUAUGUGGGAACCCCACCAAGGCCCUUUGUGCAAGGAGGCAAAAGCUAGGUCCACCUGCAGUGAGUGCUUCGAAACUGUGCGGUUUCAGGAUGGAAAACUUUUAUGGCUCUGGAGGAGGAGGAGCUCUGCACCAAGGAGAUGUGUUCUCUGAACUGAGAGUCCAGAGAGAGCAGUGCAAGCGGUGCCUGCAAACAGAUCAGCAAGAAAAGGCCACCCAAGCACUGAAGUUAACUCUUAGUGAUGAGGAAGAGGGUGAAGACUGCAGCCUGACUGACAGCUGCGAAGGUCAGUUGAGGGAGAGCUGUGAUGAGGACCUCAUUGAAAGGCUUUCUCUUGAUUCCUCUUGCCAAUCCUGUCUCUCACAGUCUUCCUCAGGUUCAUCACAGGCUCAGGAAAGUGCAGUGUCCUCCAAACCAAACCGUUGUCUAAUCCCGUCUCCUCCAAAAAGCCCUUCACCUGCAUCUGUAAUGGGUGUUGCAGCAAGACCCUGGAAAACACAGAUAAGACACCUAAAAAUACCCAGCCAAGAGGAGGAUAGGCAGUGGACACAGCAAUGCCAGGCAAGGGUUCAUCAAGAAACUUUAGCCUGCCCUCUGGGCAAGGAACUUGCUCUCCUGAACCAGCACAGCAUGCCAGCUGCCUCUGGAUCCCAAGGGCAGCGCCAGCCUGCUGGGACCACCAGCCAGCGAAGGCCUAUUUCAGGACCAGCAGCUGUUGGAUCAACAAGCAUCAGGCCCAUGAUGGAUGAGAGCCCUCCUGGAGAGAUCAACCACCACCAGUCAGAUGUCUGUUCGUCCACAAAAGCCUUGGAGAGGUUUGGGCUGAUGAACACUGCUUGGCCCCUGACUGCCAGGGCCAUACUGCAGUCAUUGCCAGACAGACCCACUGCCUCAACAACAUCGCAGAACAAAAGUUCCUGGUCCUAG